ACAGUGCGCUCUUGGCCUCAGGCUCGCUCCCCUCCAGCUCACGCUUCAUUGUUCUCCAAGUCAGAAGCCCCGCAGCCGCCGCGGCAGCGGCAGCAGCGUGAGCCGGAGUCACUGCUGGCUGCUCCGCCCGCGGUGCGCGCACGGAAGUCGGGGAGCCGGGAACCCCGGGAGCCCGCGCUCCGCCCGCGGCGCCUCGGCCAGGACCCACCCGCAGCGCCGGCGGAGCCCCAGCCGCUCUCCAGCGCAUCCACCUCCGCGUACCCCAGCGGAGUGGUGGUGAGGGGGGGACACCCUUUCUCUCGGGGCCAUCACUCUCCAUCACCCUUUCCCAAGAAUUUGUUUGAGGAAGCGCUGCGGGAGAAAGACGUCCUCCUGAAGCUCUGACAGGGGCGGGGUCUACUGCUGCCCUGCAGGGCCACCUCGCCGACAGUGCCCUCCGCUGCGACCCCCGGACCUGCCCGGGUCACGUCUGCGAAACGGAAUCAUGAAGCGCUUGGUAGCUGCCUGGCUUCUGGUUGGACUCAGCCUCGGUGUGCCUCAGUUCGGCAAAGGUGACAUUUGCAAUCCCAAUCCAUGUGAAAAUGGUGGCAUCUGUCUGUCAGGAUUGGCUGAUGAUUCCUUUUCCUGUGAGUGUCCAGACGGCUUCACAGAUCCCAACUGCUCUAGUGUUGUGGAGGUUGCAUCAGAUGAAGAAGAGCCUACUUCAGCAGGUCCCUGUGUCCCCAACCCAUGCCACAACGGAGGAACCUGUGAGAUAAGCGAAGCGUAUCGAGGAGACACAUUCAUAGGCUAUGUGUGUAAAUGUCCCCGGGGGUUUAAUGGGAUUCAUUGUCAACACAAUAUAAAUGAAUGUGAAGCUGAGCCUUGUAGAAAUGGUGGGAUAUGUACAGACCUCGUUGCUAACUAUUCCUGCGAAUGCCCAGGAGAGUAUAUGGGAAGAAACUGUCAACAUAAAUGCUCCGGACCAUUGGGAAUCGAAGGCGGGAUCAUAUCCAAUCAGCAGAUCACAGCGUCGUCUACCCACCGAGCUCUCUUUGGACUCCAGAAGUGGUAUCCCUACUAUGCUCGGCUGAAUAAGAAGGGACUGAUAAACGCCUGGACAGCUGCUGAGAAUGACAGGUGGCCGUGGAUUCAGAUAAAUUUGCAAAGAAAAAUGAGAGUUACUGGUGUUAUUACCCAAGGAGCCAAAAGGAUUGGCAGCCCAGAGUACAUAAAAUCCUACAAAAUCGCCUACAGCAACGAUGGGAAGACCUGGACCAUGUACAAAGUGAAAGGCACCAAUGAAGACAUGGUGUUCCGUGGAAAUGUUGAUAACAACACCCCCUAUGCUAACUCUUUCACACCCCCAAUCAAAGCUCAAUAUGUCAGACUCUAUCCCCAAAUUUGUCGAAGGCACUGUACGUUAAGAAUGGAGCUUCUUGGCUGUGAGCUUUCAGGCUGUUCAGAACCUCUGGGGAUGAAAUCAGGGCAUAUCCAAGACUACCAGAUCACAGCCUCCAGCGUCUUCAGAACACUCAACAUGGACAUGUUCACCUGGGAACCACGGAAAGCCCGGCUGGACAAACAAGGCAAAGUAAAUGCUUGGACAUCUGGCCACAACGACCAGUCACAGUGGUUACAGAUUGACCUUCUUGUCCCUACCAAAGUGACCGGCAUCAUCACACAAGGCGCCAAGGAUUUUGGUCACGUGCAGUUUGUGGGUUCAUACAAACUAGCCUACAGCGAUGACGGGGAGCACUGGACUGUGUACCAGGAUGAGAAACAGAGAAAAGAUAAGGUUUUUCAAGGCAAUUUUGACAACGACACUCACAGGAAAAACGUCAUCGACCCUCCCAUUUAUGCUCGACACAUAAGGAUCCUCCCUUGGUCCUGGUAUGGAAGGAUCACUCUGCGGUCAGAGCUGCUGGGCUGCACAGAGGAGGAAUGAAGGGACUCCACAUCCCAUCAUGCUUUUCUUUAUUUCCCUAGAAGUAUCUCCAUGAAAUGAACUGUGCAAAGUCUGAUGGAAACUGAAUGGGUUCUCUUUUUCUCAUGAAAAAGUGUUCAAAUUUAUGGUAGGCUACUAACUGUCUUUUAAGGGGGUCUAAGCCUGCCUUUUCAAUAACUUAAUUUUGUUUUUAUUGCACAACUCUCUUAAGUCACAUCACCCGCUCUGUGAAUUACUGUCCAUGUUCUCUAAAUUAUGUCCAUUGACUGGAGUAUAAUAGGCAAAGCAAGGCCUCCUUUUACAGCAAAGUUAAAGAAACUCAUAGUUAUCAGAUGAAAGAGUUAGGAGAGAUUUCAUGGUUACUGUUCAACCAACACUUAUAAAACAUUCAAUUUUAGCAAUAAGGGUUUUUUCCUGUAAUGAAUUGGAUUAUCUGGAUGGUUUCCCUGUGCCUAACACUGUUAGUGUUUAUUACAGUAAUUUGGAGAAGACUAUAUGAUAUGCAGUACCAAUCAAUAUAACAAUUCUAUUUUUAUUUUCUUUACUUCUAAUAAAAAAGGAAGUUCUUUAUGUUCAAGUUUAUAUUAUUUAUAUGUGACAUAAAUAGGCUAUUAUUUUUUCGCAUUGGAUUUCCCCCUGUAUUUAACUGGAAAUGUUGUGUUUAUUCACGUACAUGGAGCAUCUAUUAAUAUACAUUGAACAUGAUUGGUUAUCAGUAAAUGGGUCUAUAUUUAAUAUGAGUACAUUUAACCUGAAUUUUCAUGUUUGAAGGAAGCCUUAUCUCAUUCCCUAAGGCUUCCUUUUCUGAGACUCCCUUAUCAUUUAGUGAAAAAGAACAAAACUAUCAUGACCCUGGAAUUUAAAUCUUCAUUUCUUUGAAAGAAUAGAAUCAUUCUCUAUAUAUUGAAGAUAUUGUACAUGAGCCUCAUGCUGCACAGCUUGGCCGAGUGUUCUCAACAUUUCUUUGCAGAUUUCCAUGUUUCCUGUGAAAAUAAAAUUUCAGUGCUGUUUGAAAUCAGUGGUAGCUUCUCGAGAAAGCACAUUGCAUAAUUAUUGGUGAGAAGCAAUGCAUUUACUAAUGACAAAGUCAUAAACCAUUUUCAAGAUGAAAAUUGAUUUCUAUUUCUUUUGCUCCAAACGUCCUAGAAAAAAAAUAAACAAUUCUCAUAAUAAUUUGUUAUUGAUAAUGGCAGCAUCAUCGACAUAUAUCUCAAAUUAAAGCCCAGGCUGCCUCCAUAAAUGUCCUCCACAUCUAAUUUAUAAGCUUUACAAGUAUUUAUUUUAUAAGGCCCAGACAUAGAAUUAUCGGAGUUUUAAAUGGAGGGUUCAGGAAAAGAAAGGGUGGUAUGUACACGAAAUGCUAAAGUCCUGCAAACACUGCUGUGUCUUAUUUCCUUUUCCCUUUACUGUGUGUGCUGCAUAAGGAAAGCCACUUUUGUCAUGUUCUGUCUGUCCAUGUGAUCACAGCACCUCUCGAUGAUGUAAUUAUGGAGUGGUCUUCAAUCACAGUGAAGAACUGAAAGAGAAAGUCAAUCAGAUUGCCAUUUUAAAUGACAGCAAAUACAUUGCUCUGUGGUGGCUGUCAGGCCAAAUGUUUGCCCCAUGCCCACAUGCUUUCUAUACCAGGUUUGUUAAUAAUCCUGUUGAUUUUCAGUAUAUAAAAUGCUGAAUACUUAUCAACAUUUUCCAAAAACAAAAGUGCUAUGUCCUGAAUACCGUUGUCCUAAAUAAUGUUUAAAAUUAUCAACAUAGAAUGUUUAAAAUAGUAUUUUAAAUUAAAAUAGCAGUACAUAGAAUUACUUAGGUCCUAAAAGUGCAACACUUACUGACUAGCUCAUGGUCCUUGUUUCUGUCAGGGAUAACGGUACUACUAAAUCUGUAGGUGUUUUUCUUUGCAGAUUCUUUAUCUUUAAUACUAAACUCUAGAAAUUAUAAAUAAUAUUUUGUGUUGAAAUACUUUUUCAAAACUAUUCUUGACUUCAUGUGAUACUUUGAAUUUUGUUCUAUUGAUACCUGUUUAAAAUUUGUUUGCCCAAGGACUUGGUACUAAUGGUAUUUGUUCCUGUUUAGAAAGUCAGUGGACGGUCUGCUCUUGCUUGUAUACCCUCUCUGCUCAAUGUGCUACUCACAACAUAGCAUGCCCAGUGCACAUGCAUCUGUCAGCAAAGGAUGCUUACACAGAAAAUACGACAAUACUGGGAAGUUUAGCGUUUGUGUCAGUUGUAUCCACGGCUUCAAGCUGAAACAUUAUGUUUUAAUUGAAUUUUCUUUACAAGCAAAAUUUUACAGAAACACAGAAGAAUUACCCAGUCUUUGCUAUAUUACAUAAUUAUCACAAGCUAAUUGUAUGAUUUAGGAAAUUACAAAUGACUUAGCUAUUAACAUAUCCAUUUCAUGUAUAUUCCAGUGUAACCAUCUGUCACAGGCACUAAUUCUGACUUUAGGGUUGACUUUCUCUUUGUGAAUGUCUUCAUAAAGAUAGGUAUGAAUUUUGAAGACCAGGUAUUAAUGAUUGCAUCUUUGCUAGACAAAAAAUUGUGAGAUAUAACAUUGAAUGCUGGCAUCUGGUGUGUCUGUAAGGACAGAAAUAACUAAGAUACACAUAACUUUUGUAAACUUUCAAGCUGUGUGAUAUCCCAAUGUUGUUUUUUUCUUUGUAGAUAUACUUAAAUCAUGUAGGAUGUUGUAAAAUCAGUAUGACUCUGUCUAGUCUUCAAACUUAAAAUAAACUUUUGAAAAUCUG